AUGAACGACCACAAAUUGGUCUUCUGGGUCAGAUCUUUGAGGGUGACAGUUAACUUGUUCUGGUCGACCGUGAGUAGCCCAUCUAGUAUGCGCAAUACCACAAUGAGAGACAAAAGUAACGUCUCUGUUCGGAUUUUGCUUAGUAAUCUCCUCUUUCAAAGCACUCACUUUACCGAUUUGCUUAUAGAUGAAAGUAGAAUCAGCUUCGUCACCAUCGAUAGCAAUACCGGUGGAAUCAUAGCCUCUAUAUUCUAA